AUGCUACGAUACCCAGCUACCACAAUCUCCUUGACGAUGGCCGAGAUCAAGGACUUCGAGCAGAAGCGUCGUUUCAGAAGAUAUCUGGUGAUGGAAGAUGCUCGGGCAGCUCGGGCAGCUCGGGUGCAGAGCCGGGCGCCGCCCGAUUCCGUGAAACCGGCCGAGUCUGUAGCCCUUGAAGUUAUCGCCUCCAAGAACCCGGGCCACGAUGUCGAACAAGCCACAAAGCUCGUGGUUGAAACUGGCCCUACUGACACGGACGUGACUGUAGACGACACAGCAUCGCGCAUGAAGCUUCCCUGUCAACGUUCUCGCAGUUCGCCGAUUGUUGAACCGUCAGAAGACGCAGUCUCGCCACGCCCGUCAACUGCAUCAAGUGCCAGUCACACGCCGUCCUAUUCAGGCACUCAACGAUCGCCGACCAUAUCGUCAUUGGCGGCGCGAAGGGACUUGGAACACAUGCCGCCCAUAACACCGCAGCGAGUCUCUUCGCUCGCCGCAACUGUGGAUGCGCACUUCACUAGGCCUUCCACGGACGGCGAAACAGAGUUGGACCAGUCUACUGUAAGAUAUAUAGAGGCCUACACCAGGUCACCCACUCGCCCGCUGCCGUCGACGGGUAACGCUCCAAAUUCGAAUACGUCCUCGCGUGAAAGGCGGUCUGAGGGACGAAUCGUGGAUACACCACGUCCAAGCUCCAGGCUUGAGGUUUACAACGACUCCUUACCAUCAUCUGUGCAGCCUCGAACUCCUCGUAACUUGGCAGAGACACGCCAUCAGAGCCGGCUGCAUGGCUCCUAUACGGCGCCUAUCACCCGAUCCAUGCGGCAAUCUGGCUACAGUUCCAGUACCGCGCGUGGACGCUCCAGCAGAGCCCAUAGUCCCUCUGGGAUGGAAACACCAGGCUUCCGUGGGCUGUACGGUGGCGUAGAGAACUCGGAUGACUUGACGCUCUUUCAGGAGGCUUCUAGGCUCCAUGCGGGUCAGGAAGACGACGACGCAGGCCAAGGCUAG